AUGACGGACUGGCCCACGCUGCCUGGAGUGCCUCCCGAGGCAAAUUUUCCUUGGUUACGCACUUGGGAUGGACUGGAUAAGCUUCCCUUCAAUGUCAACCUUGUUGAUGGUGUUCUUUACGCAUGCUCACCAAACUGCACUCAUGCCACUGACGAUGACUCCCCUUGCAUCCCAUGUCAGCAACUUCAAUCCCGCGUUCAUUCACUUGCGAACCUUGCCGGAGAACGCAAAAAUCAUACCCGUCAUAAUGUGCUUACACCGAUUCAGCUUCUCGAUGUGAUCAACGAGCGCAAUGUCAACUUGAACACUGUUAAAUUGCAGGAUGCUCUUGAGUGCGGAUACCGACCACGGACCCGUGGAAAGGAGGCUGAUGAUCUUGCCUUGCUCAUACUCCGUCUUGGGGGACACAACCUACUAUAUGCACUCAGCCAGCGCCUUUCGCUACCAUCUUUGCGAACUCUUGGUCGGCACACUUCUUUUGUUAAGAUUGCUCCUAUCAUUGGCCAAAUCACAAUGGGUGUCAUCCAACACAACAUCGCGGCUGUCGUCCUAGCCCCACGGGCACAAGCAGGUCUCAAUACCCUUCGUGGCAUGAGCUUUCUCAUAGAUGAGACGGCGCUUGAGGAAGCUGCUGGUUACUUACCACAGUCUAAUUCCAUUGGUGGCCUAUGCUGGACACAUUCCCACCUUGUUGACACCACUCUCAACAACUACCAAUCAGCCCUAGGUGUUGCCGACGCGCUCAAAUCAGGCAAAGUACAUCUUAGCAAGGAACUGACAGUCGCCAGUGCUCACGUGUUUGGUGAAGACGGAAUAUAUCCCAUACUUGCUGCACCAACAUGCAAGUCCGAGAACUUCACUGACAUGGAGUUUGUAUUUGAAUCUGUCAUCGAUUUGUGGUACGCAUCUGGAGCUGAUCGGGCAGUCGGACCUGCAUGGUCUUUUGCUACUGAUGGGGAUGCCACACGACGCAAGGCUGGACACCGCACAUUCCUUUGCAAUAAUAUCAAUUUCACAUCUCCAUUAUUCGGAACGCUCAUCAAUCUCCCUGGGCUCAACCUUCUUACCGGCAAGCAUGAAAUGACCUUGGACUUUGAUGAUAAACAUGUCUUUAAGUGCUUCUGUACAUUGAUUCGUUCUUGUGCCGGUAUGCGGCCCGAUAAUGGGCGCUGUAUCAAUUCCUCUAUGCUCGAACACUAUCUGACGUGGGUCGAUAAUAUCGAUGAAUCCCGUGCACUCAAGCUCUUGUACCCUGACGACCCUCAAGAUGUUCCUCGUGCAGUCGCACUCAUGAACAUUGUCAUUUCUCUCGGUAACAUUGACCCCACUCUGCCACCAUACACCCUCGAUGGUACGGAACCCGAUGUCGAUGUCAUUGCGGACUUUGACGCCAUCAAGAUUCUCAGUCACAUUCUUCAUAGCCUUCUCCAACCAUUCAUUAAUAUCACGCUCUCACUGACUGAACAAGUCAUCUCCCUCUGUCGUUGCACUCACUUGAUCUAUGCAUGCUACCGGAAUCAGCGUCGGGCGUUCAUGCCGAACCAACUGUAUUAUGACGUGCAAACAUUGAUCAAGAACAUUAUUUUCUGUAUCGCUAAACAGCAGAAGCUGGACGCUACUCAACCAUUCACUCUGCUUGACACAGGUGAUGAUCCCAUUGAACUUCUCUUCGUGUUUCUUCGAAUGUGUGGUGGACACAACAGCGCUGUCAACUACAAGCAGGCUCUGGAUCGUCUAGAAUCUGUUGAUCAUAUCAACCGCUCGAUGUGGGUUGGUGACAUCAUCUCCGGACACUGCAACCUUCCAAGCGCUUGGAAGCAGGGUCAAGACGUAGCUACUCAAUUUCUACAACUCACACAGAUUCCCCCGCAAGCCUAUGACUUCAACUCUUACUUCUCUUUUGGUUCGAGCAUGGACUUACUAUGUGUUUUCGGAGAGGGAAAAUACCCCAGUGUCAAUGAUGGAGACACCGAAGAGGAUCGUUCGCUUAACGUUCGUGUUGUGUCGUCAAUCCCUACUGAGAAUGUCGGUGAUGAGCCAGCUGAGCCAGAGACUUCGUUGGCACCAGCUGAAGAAGGUGCUGAUGAAAACGACCCUAUCCAUAACUUCGAGGAGAUGUUGGAGGACAAAUUUGAUCCUACCCAACCUGAGGACCUGGAUGACUCGCCCAAAAUACUCGAAGACGACACCCCAACAGCCCCACCGAAAGGUCCCGGAAUCCGCCCUGCUGAUUACCUUUGGUGCGAGAAGAAGUGGGUGCACAAGCAAACAGUUUGCCGUCUCAUCAUUACACCCAACUUCACCCCAAAGUCGCAAGUCCGUCUCUUGCAUGUUCGGGGGUUCACAUCUGUCAACAAGAAGGCAGAUGUUGACGAAGUCUCAAACAUCCUUCAUGGCGAGCAUUUCGUCACUGGCGACUUGUUUCUCACCCUCAUUUGUUCUCAAGGCAAGGUACUUUCGCUCGCGCUCACUCGUGCAACAUCAAUAUCGGAAAAUGGCUUGUCUCGUGGAAGAAUCAAUACCGCAACAUUGGCGUCUCUAUGGAGUAAUGUGAAGGUAGUUGGAGAGAUGAUGGUCCUCCUUCCUUCAAUCAGUUCCACUCCCGAAUCAUCUGCGUUAUGGGUCUGGAAUGGCGGGUACCUCAAAACUGCUUCGCCCGUUCCAGGAACAAAUGCUGUCACCCAAAGGGUUGUCACAUUAAGCAUCCCAGGCCACCUUCUCGAACUUGCCAACCCCCGUGUCGUCAACGCGCUUGAACAUCUCGCACCGGACCAAGCAUCUGAAGUCAACUCGAAGGGGUCGAGUUGGGCGCUGAGUAAUGAUGGGCUGGAAGCCGCAGCUGCUUCAGUCUGGAUGAAGAUUGUCGAAUCCAAGCUUCCAAUCAACUCAAUUUCAGCGCUCAGCAGCGAGAGCUCCAUGUUCCCAUACAAAGAUCUUAGUGGCUCAGAUGCUCUUGUUUGUGUCGCUGGAACUACCAUGCUGGCAGCUUCAGGACGUGGAAAGGGAGUGGCGAGCACUUGCCCUCUAUGUGGCGAGGCAACAAAAGAUCUGCGCUCACAUAUGGGCUGCCAUAUCCUUCGUGCUGCACGCGGAAUUCCUGAUAAUGUCACAACAGCUGUUUCAGGCCCACAGCCAUGUGGCUUUUGUGGUCGUUCUGGUGUCGCCAAGUGCACAGUGACCUUCAAGGAAUCCGGACGUUCAGUUACUUGGGAAUCCCAAUGCCCACACAAGGAGAAUUUCCAGUACGGCAGCACUAACAAAGGCUCCGACAAUCGCCCGUGUCGCAAUGUUCCUGUCGUCUGCAAGCUUUGCGUACAUCAAAACCGUCAGAUGGACUGGAGGCCGGCAAUUUGGAGGUACAACCUCGAGGCCCACAUGAAUGACCAUCACCCAGAGUACGCGCACCCUGGAAAACCUCAUAGUGGCCUCCCCCUUCCUACCAAUAUGUUCGACACUAUGAUGCUCACUCCCGUCGAACAAACAAGGUUGGGUGUUCCGCCUCAACCUCUAUUCACUCUAACUGUCCCAAUUUCGGAGAAGGAGAAUAUCCCAGCCAGUGCGAGUGGUCGAAAGCAUAAGGGUGACACUCAAAUGUUUUCUGCUGCUGCUUCUUCAAAGAGGGCCCGGCGCACUUAG